GUUAGGAGGUGUGACAGAAGGAGAGAGGAUAAGGAUUAAACCUGGACUAAAGUGUCACAGAGACUCAGAGGAUUUUAUACUGUUCAUUUACAAACAUUUACAACCAUGAAAUAAGACGAGGAGACAAGGAGGCAAGGAGAGGAGGAGAAAAGGAGGCAAGGACACAAGGAGACAAGGAGAGGAAACUUUAAACUCCAAUGGCCAAAGCAGCACCUGAGCGAGACACGAAGGACAGAAGAGACCAAGGAGAGAGGACACGAGGAGACAAGGAGACGAGAAGGACACUGAAGAACCAUCAGGACUGACCUGGGACCUGUGACCUGGGACCGGGUCAUGUGCCUCUCUGCCACGCUCCUAUUGGCCCCCAACCUAUGACGUCACCAUGCUCUGGCCCCUCCCCCUCUGGCUCUGGCCCCUCCCCCUCUGGCUCCUCCCCUUUCCACCAGGCUCCGCCCAAAACUCAAGUCCGUUCUCGUGGUGCAGUCUGGUUCGGUCCUCAGAAUCCGGUCCUUGGACUCAGUUUGGACCCUGUGAGCCUCAGAGCCGCGACAUGAAGGACCUGAUGAAAAUCCGAGUGGAACCUGCAGGAGUCACCUGUGGAGACCCACCUGAGAAGUUCUGCAGCCUGGAGAACCCGUACUUGUGCAGUGACGAAUGCGACGCCUCGAGUCCCGACCUCUCUCACCCCCCUCAGCUGAUGGGCGAUCGGGAAAGGGGCGGGCUCGUCACCUAUUGGCAGACGGUCACAUGGUCUCGUUUUCCUGAGCCACUAUUGGCCAACGUCACUCUGUCCUGGAACAAGACUCUGGAGACCACCGACGACAUCAUCGUGACCUUCGAGUCCGGACGCCCCUCCGCCCUGGUCCUGGACAAGUCCCUGGACCGAGGGCAGACGUGGCAGCCGUACCAGUUUUACGCCGACGACUGUUUGGAAACUUUUGGGAUGUUUCCAAAAAAAGUGUCUGACCUUUCACCUUCAAACCUGACUCGGGUCAUCUGCACCGAGGAGUACUCGCAGUGGGUAGGAGCCAAGGAGGAGAAGCAGGUGGUCUUUGAGGUUCGGUCUCGUCUCUCGGUCUUGGCGGGUCCAAAGCUCCUGAACAUGGACUCGUUGUGGACCAGACUGGACUCGAGUCCCGGACUCAGGGACUUCUUCAGCUUCACUGACCUGAGGCUCCGUCUGCUGCGUCCGGCGCUCGGAGGAACCUACGUCCAGAAAGACCGACUGCUCAUGUACUACUACGCCAUCAGCAAUGUGCAGGUGCCCGCCAGGUGCAGGUGUAACCUGCAUGCCUCCUCCUGUUCGCUCCGGGACUCGACUCUCGUCUGCGACUGUGACCACUUCACAACAGGUGCAGACUGUGAGCGCUGCCGACAGGGCUUCACCCGCCGGGAGUGGAGGGCAGGGACGUACCUGCCACUGCCACAGGGGACCGCCAACAUCUGUGAGACCCCCAGAACUUUCAGAACCUUCAGAACCCCCAGAACCUUCAGAACUUUUAGAACCCUCAGAACCUUCAGAACCUUCAGAACUUUCAGAACCUUCAGAAACCCCAGAACCUUCAGAACCUUCAGAAACUUCAGAACCCCCAGAACCUUCAGAACUUUCAGAACCUUCAGAACCUUCAGAGCUUUCAGAACCUUCAGAACCUUCAGAACUUUCAGAACCUUCAGAAACCCCAGAACCUUCAGAACUUUCAGAACCUUCAGAACCUUCAGAACCCUCAGAACCUUCAGAACCUUCAGAACUUUCAGAACCUUCAGAACCUUCAGAACCUUCAGAACUUUCAGAACCCUCAGAACCUUCAGAACCUUCAGAACUUUCAGAACCUUCAGAACCCUAAACCCUAAAUCAAAUUCUCUGACUGUUACUGACCUGAGCUAACGACCCGACUGUGUUUCAGGUGAAGCUGCAGAGGAGCCUGAGGGUGAGACUACAGGCCCCGCCCCCUCUGACUCACAGACGCCACCUGCAGGAUCCAAACCAGACUCUUCUGAUUCAGGUCAGGUUCUGCUAAAACCUCUAGUCUAGAUCUGGUCCUGA